AUGGGCGUCGGCGCCAAAGUCAGGACCUUGACGUUGGCGCGACUGCGAGCAAAUGAACCCGUCAUACAUCGAUGGCAGGAGGCACUUGCAAUUAUGGCCCAACCUACAUACGUCCCGGCAUCCUUGGCCGAACUUGCAAGACUCGCGGACGAGGUCUGGUUCCUGUCUGGCGACCAGAGCGUGGAUAGCAGCUGGUACACCAAGCGCGCGACCCUCUCUGCCAUCUACUCUUCGACUGAGAUGUACAUGACGCAGGACAAGUCGGCCAACUUUGUCGAGACGGAACAGUUUCUAGACAAUAGACUACAAGAUCUCACCAAGGUUGGUGGGUUCAUGGGUGGACUGGGCGAAUGGCUCAAUUACACGGGUCACUCUGCCGUCAACGUACUGAGGAGUAAGGGUGCGCGCAUCUGA